CCAGAAUCUAAAAGUGGGAAACUGACCAUACCUCCUCCACCCAUCUUAAUUCGUAGAACAGAAAAUUCAAUGGUCUUUAAACCAGCUCCUUUCACAUCUGACAUUAAGGUGGCUUGGUACUGCUUAUUUGGACGCUGUGUUACAGGACCCAGUUUAAAAGUAAGGCUAAAUGACCACCAUCUUCCUGGGACAGGAGUAGAGGUUCCAGCAAAUGGCAAUAUCUUACUGGAGGCCAGGGGCCUGAAAAAAAAUGAGAGGUACAUCUUUGCUGUAGCUGCAUAUUCAAGAGAUGGACGUCUCAUUAGGGAUUCAGUUGGAGAAACCACUAAACCAAUUCUUGCA